CAACGGAUUUACUGAAUAUCGCGUAACAAUUUUUUUUUCACAGAUUUUUUAUGAUUUUUUUUCAAUAUGAAAUGGGCCUACAUUUUAUGACCUCAGUCAUACAACUAGACGUAACAUUUGUCACUAAGCUAAAUAUAAAUCUGUAGGCUUUAAUUUAAAUUGUUUAUUUAUCAUUGUUAAAAUUUUUCUUACAAAUAAAAAUAAAUUAAAAAUGGCAAAACCAAUGCAAAAGGAAAGAGAAAACAGAUCGGCCGAGAAGAGAGAUUACACUUUCCAUCCUUACACCAUUACCCCUGAAAGUGCCCACACGUCUAUACUUCUGUUGGAAUCUACUGAACCAGAAAUAUUAUGCCAGACACUCCGAGCGAUAACGAAGUUUUCAGCUCAAGACAUGCAAAACCGCUACGUCUUAUACAACCUAAACGCUGUGAAGUACAUCUUGCCUCACGUUGAACACGCCGAACUGAAUAUAAAGAGGUUUUCUCUCAAAGCGUUGGCACAGCUGUGCCAGCUGCCACAGGGCCCUGAACAGGUGCUGGAGGACCCGAGGAACUUGAGGAAGAUUGCCCACAUGAUGGUCAGGAUAGAAGACGUAUACGUGCUGGAGUUCUCGUCUCUUGUCUUGGCGGAGCUGACGAGGGAACCCCUGGGCUGCGAGCAGCUAGUCUCUGCCAAUGUGUUGGGCUCUAUCUUCUAUAGGAUGAAGAACAUCGACCCAGAUGUUCAGAGGAAUUGCAUAAUGAUUCUAAGUCACCUACUGGACGACCCCGUAUGCGCGUCGGAAGUGACGAAGAACCAACAGUUCACUUGGCCGCCACUGCUAAAACUGAUGCAGAGCAAGUACCUUGCCAUACAGCAGACAGCGCUAAAGACUGUCGACCAGCUGAUCUGCCGGUACAAGGACGAGACAGUGCAACAAACUUUUAGGCUGUCUACUGGUGUUUUAGAUCUGUGCGAUAUUCUUGAGACAUACGAAUUUCGCGACGUUCACGCGCAAGUUCUAAGCGUGCUGAAGAAUUACGCAGAAACCGAGGAGAAUUCAGCCCAUCUCUACCAGUCUGGAUGUCUCCUGAGGUUGUUGGCUUAUCUGGACACAGCAUUACCGCUCAUGAAGCCGAACUGUCUCGCUGUUCUUACUAAGAUGUCUUUUACGAGCAAUGGGAGAGACGCCAUAUACCAAACAAGCGCAGACAUGGUGUUCUGCAACCUGCUCACAGGCAAUAACCUCGACCUGAUUGCUGACGCGGCGUUGGGAAUCGCGAACUUGACCAAGCUAGCAGCAGCCGCCAAUCGGAUAGCUGAAACCAAUAUAGUUGAGUCCCUCACUGGAAUUCUAAGCGACGACAACGUACCGUGGUUUUACGUGCGACUGAACGUGCUGAAAGCGUUAUGUGAGCUGUGCAACACCUCCAACGGGAACAUACCGCGCGCAGCGUAUACGCUGGUGGAGAACAAAACCUUCGCGUCUGUCAGGAACAUCAAUAGAAAAGUCAAAGAUGUCCCGGUCGAAGCCCAGCGGAUGGCUAUACAGUGCUACAUCAACUUGCAAAGCUACGAUCAUUGUGUCAACGCAAUGCUCAACGCAGACUUCAUACAGGAGCUCAUAAAUAUACUCCUGCGUCCUGACGUAUUCAUCAAGAUUAUGACGUGUACAGUUCUGUGCAGUCUCAUGCGAGAGGCCAUGGCUCGGGAACUCUUCACUCUGAAGAAUGGAGAGGAGGUGGUAUCGAACAACCUUCGGACGGAGCAUGUUGCGUUCCGAACCGCGUUGUGCACCCUGAUCAUUUGCAGUGUGACAGACGAAGGAGCUGAUGUGUAUUUGGAGCUGGGAACCGUUCAAUAUAUGGUGGAGAACAAGCAAGCGCGGUACUGCGUGAGCGCAUGGGAACCAGCUAUAGAAGCCAUUUUCCGUCACCACUCCUCCGCGAAGUUCGCAUAUUGUGGAAAGUUGGAUAUCAACGAUUUCACACAGGAGGGUUUCUACGUGCCGAAACGUCUAGGUGGUCCAUUCCCAACACUUUCGAGGCUGAUGGAACAGAAGCCCCCAUUCAGGCAUCCAGUCUUUAUCUGCACCUUCCAUAAACCCGAUGAUAUUCUCUCCAGCACGGACGUCACCUCUGCUCAUCAGUCGGAGACGAACCUGGGCGGGUCAAGUGAGCGUCUGCGGCUUUUGGUCUUCCCUGACGACUACAAUCUACGGUCUUACGUCGAGAAAGUGCGCUCGUGGUUUCCAGAUACAUCUAAACGGUCUUCUACCCUCAUCGCAGACGAAUAUUUAGAAAUUAGUGCCCGCGAUAGAUGCAACCAAGUUACACUAAUGCUGAAGAAAAGAGCCCAGCUUUUGGCAGAGUUCGUCGCGGAGCAGAUGUCCGGUGUGACAGUGGAGAGGGAUUGCUCGUCGCAUUCCGUGACCAUGCAUAUCACGGAGUUGAUGUUGGAAUUGCACUCGUCAGUCAUAGGCCUCGGCUGGGUGCGUUGCGGAGGUGCUUUAGAACGCGCAUUGCUAUACAAAGUGCUCGCGGAUAAGGUCGCAAUCCCGUGCGCGUUGUACCGCCACUGCAGUGCGAAGGCGUGGUGCGAGGUCGCCGUGCCGGAACCGGACCCGGACGCGCCUGACGACAAAAUGGAUUCCUUCCCAGCUGGCUUGAUUCGAGUAAACUAUGUUGUGGAUCUCAUGGAGCAACCGGGAAGAUUGUUGAAACGUGGCAGUGAAGAGGCGAGACGUAUUUGUGGUCCUACUUGCAGCCCUCCAUAUACUUCUGGCAAAUUACCAGAAGUUUGCAGUUGCGAAAAAUAGUUUCUGUUUUCUAUAUAACUACUGUUUUAUGUAAAUAAAGUACAAAAAUAGUCUUC